CCUCUAUUAACAAACUGGAGGCCUGAUUUGAUCGCCAGCGAUAAAAUUAAUUGGAUAAAACUUCCAUUCGCACGCGGUUCAAGGUUCACACCGCAUCACAUCACUGUUGAAACUGCCGCAAUCACGAUAAGUAGGCGUCGCUCGGUUAUUUUUGUGCAUAAAAUGACAGAGGAAAACAUUGGUCCAGCCCCCACGGUGUUCAUCCAAGAGGGCCCAGUCAGAGGGCUGGUGUCGACAGACGUUCGCGGAGGAAAAUUCUACAGUUUCCUCGGGAUUCCAUAUGCAAAGCCACCGGUGGGGCCUUUACGGUUUAAGGCUCCUGUUCCAGUGGAUCCAUGGCUGGACGCGUUCGAUGCCACCCAGCCAGGCGAAAUCGCCAUCCAGGCGGACUUUUUAACCAAAGGGAUGGUCGGGUGUGAGGACUGUUUGAACUUGAACGUUUACACACCACAACUUCCAGCCCCAGUCACCCCUAAGCGACUGCUUAAGCCCGUUAUGGUAUUCAUACAUGGAGGCAGCUUCCUCUUGGGCUCAAAUCGUCGGGAACUUCACGGCCCCGAGAUUCUCAUCAGUGAGGACGUGGUUCUUGUGGCCAUCAAUUACCGGUUGGGCGUCUUCGGCUUUUUAAGCUUGGAGGAUCCUAAGCUGGACGUGCCAGGCAAUGCGGCCUUGAAAGACAUGGUCCUGGCCCUGAAAUGGGUUCAACGGAACAUCCAGAGUUUCAUGGGGGACCCGAGGAACGUGACGAUUUUUGGAAACAGUGCUGGAGCGGCAGCCGUUCAUUUCCUGGUUCUUUCGCCCAUGGCUAAGGGGCUUUUCAGCAAGGCCAUCUGCCAGAGCGGCUCGGCUUUGAGCAGCUGGGCGUACGCCCAUCAAAACGCACAGACAGUCGCUGAGGCGCUAGCGCUUCCCUAUACGGGCGAUCGGGACCUAUACAAUUGCCUUAAGGGACUUAAGGUGGAGGACAUUUUUCAGGCGCAGUCCAAAAUUGAUCAGGAAUCAAUCAAGUGCAACCAAUACCGUUUUAUUGGCGCAGUGGUGGAGCCGCCUGAUUGGAGAGGGCCAAAGUUCUUCUCUGAACACCCAGUCCGAUUGCUUUUGUCGGGGAAGUACAAUAAAGUGCCUUUGCUAAUGGGGUACAACUCUGGCGACG